CCAACACCUUCACAUCUCGUUUUUUGCAUUGAAUUCCUCUAACCACAUUGAUGAGCACCAGACUACUAACUCCUGCAAUGAUAUUGGUGCAUUCUCAGAAGACUACUCGUGUUACAGUGCUGUAACCAGUUUUGGUGUUGAACGCGAGUAUUUUUAUGAAAUUCAAAUUUAUUUUUUCAACUCAGAUUUAGAUGACUGAGUCGUGCUUUUAGAACUAGAAGUUGUCAUAGAUAUAUUCUAUUUCGCUCAUCAUCUGCUUGAUCGAACAAUUUUCUCAUCAUCAUCAUCUUCCUCAAACAAGUACUGAGAAAAUGUUGCGCAAGUUCCCUGCUCGCCGUCGCUCAGACGGCGCUCGUCCCAACAACAAGCCCAGUCGCGAUGCUCGCAGACCACGAGGCCUACGAGGUGCCAUUGGCUCUCUGCAGAGCCUGUUCGAACGAGAAGAGGAGACUAGCAGGGAUCCACCAUUCCGCAAAGAAGAGACUUACCUCGCACCUUCGCCUGAAGUGAUGCUAAAUUCCAGUUAUGAUGGAUUGACGAGUUCGAGUUGCACUACGACAACUACUGGGACUACGAUGAAUCUGGCAGCUGCAGGAGGUACUAUAGGUGCUGUGGGAGGACCUGCUGGAUUUGGAGACGGGACCACAGGUAGUAUCGUGGGACCUCCUCCUCUACCUCCUAGAGUAGGUGCAGGAGGAAACGUCAUAAAUUUUCGUCGUGGCGCAGAUCUACCCCAUGCUAGACCCCAAUUGCCACCAGUAUUUGAAGAAACCCCUGUCGGAGAAGGACUAAAUCAUGUUGAUGAUCGAGCUUCUGGUAAUAAUCCUAUUAAUGGACGACAUGGCUCGCCUCCUCGUACGUCAAGAAGCAACAGAAGUGCGAGUCAUUCUCCUGAGCGGGGAACUGGCGAUCGCAGUUCUGGUAAAAAUUCUUCUAGUAGACCUUCAAGCAGCAAACGAGAAGGAGGUGGCCGUUCAUCGAGGACUAAACGAGAUUCAUCUAGACAAGACUAUUCCGAAUCUCCGGAUCAUCUUCAUGGAGAAAGGCGUAGAAAAAGACGUCAUAGUGAAGAAUCCUCCCGUGAAUCUGGGAACAACAAAAGGGAACACAGUAGACGUACUUCAGGAGAAAGACGACCGUCCUCUAGUUCAUCCUCUAGCAGAGGUAUGCAAAAUAUGGUUGGAAACGGGGCAAAUUUAAUACUUGCUAGUGUGGAUAUGGUAGGUGAUGAGCAAGUUGGCGCUCCUGGAGCGAGUAUAACGCAGCCAAUUAUAUCAGAGGAAGGUGAAGAGGCUUUUGUUCCAGAAGGUCAAUAUGUUUAUGACGAAUCACCCGCUACUCAAGAGCCUAGUAAAGGUGACGAAGAAUCAACAUCGUCAAGGACAAGCGAAAACAAGAAAGACGACGAUGCCACCUCCUCCCUUCCCGAAGACGUUGCCUCCGCUUUAGAAGCGUCCACACGAGAAGCGGUGCCUCUACCUGCUCUGGUAGGUGGACUAGAGUCGGAGGACCUUAGCAGACCAGGGUCAGCGAUCUCACGUACUUCUAGUAACGCUCCUCGUCAGCAGAGUCGUUUGAUGGCUCCUAGUGCGGCAGCUCGUAUCAAGAUCGCGGAAAUGUUCCAGAAAACAUAUGGAUAUGGGGCGAAUCAAAUUGCACCCACUGUUGUACCCCCAACUCCGAGAACAGGUCCAGGUGUUCCCGAAGAGGAGAUGGGAAAAGACCCAACUACAAGGGCUACAACUGUGUGUGUCCUGGAUGCCAGCACAUGGAGUGUGAACACUGCAGGAGACCAUCGCUCCGCACCCGCAGCUGGAGGACCUGCUAGUCCACGAGGCGCAGCCCAGAAACCCCACGAUCAUACUAGCGACUUACCACCCCAUACACCUAGAUCCGAAGGCACAGAAACCUCGGAAGCGCGUCGACGAGCUCGGCAAGGAGGUGGAAAUAAACAUAUGGACGCAAGUUCACACAAAGUCGCAGGCGCAGCAGCUGAAGGCGGUGAUCAACUACACCAAGGAGGCGGGCACCAUGUCCGCGUAGCUCAGGCCACGCACCGUGCUCCUGGUGGUCAACGACUGAGCGCUAAGGAUGCGAAAAACAAAAGUUCCCUCUCUUACCGCUUGAUCACGUCUCGGAGAUUCGAGAUUUUCAUCGGUUUUUUCAUCGGGUUAAACGCGUUGUGGAUGGGGAUCGAGUACCAGAUGCCCAUAGAGUUCGUGAAUGAGCACUUCAUCUACUUCCAGAUCGCUGACUUGGCUUUUUUGAUCAUCUUUUUCUUGGAAUUGUCUGCCAGAGUCCACGUCUUUGGCAUCAAGAUGGUCCUGAGUCAACCGAUUUACGCUUUGGACGCGUUUAUCGUCAUCACGGGCGUAGCCAUCGAAGUCGCGCUGCCUCUGUCGGUGGGCGGGUUUUUGUCUGGGAAAACGUUGGACGAAGGCGAUGAGGGGGUACUGAAUUUUUCUCUAUUUCGGUUUUUACUGUACUUCUUAACUUAAAGAUAAUUUCAUUCGCUUGGCUCAUUUUUAUCUUCAGAUUUCUUCUCGUGCCUGUGCUGCCUGAGGACCUUGUUUUGGGUAAGUAGUCUGAGUCGUAGGUAAAGAACCUAGGUUAUCCUCAUUUUGUCAACUUAUCUCUACUAGUUGUAGUUUCCUGUUUCAUUCCAACGGCACUAACAAGCACCACAAUGAUCACAACAGCUCCGUCUCCUCCGCAGUGCUCGUAGUCUCCGUGCUCUCCGUAUCUUGCGCGUGAUCACUUUGAUCGAAAACCUUUGGGGUGUGGUCGAGCUCUUCUUCUUCUCUCUCCCACCGUUGUUUUGGACUGUGCUGUUUAUUCUGAUCAUCAUCUACCUCUUCACGAUCUUCUCGAUCGUGCUCUUGGGUCGAUCGAAUAUGGGUUCCGAUCCUACGAUUUUGGAAGCGCAGGCGAAUUUCGACCGAACGGCGAACACGUUUCUGAGCAUAUUCCAGAUCAUGACCUUGGACGGAUGGAGUGACUUGACGAAGCCCUUUUUCGAAGCUCAUCCGUGGACCUACGUGUGGUUCUUGCUCAUUAUCGCUGUCACGGCGUUUGCGAUGAUGAACUUGAUCACGGUGUCGGUCUUGGAAACUGCAAGAGAAGCACAGGUAAAACGGAGUUGAAAUGGGUAGCUGAGUUCAGGUUUUUUUUGUGGCAUUGGCAUAAUGUGAGUUUUAACGUAAAUAUGUAUAGUUUUCUCAUCAUCUGCGCUGCAUUUUUUCAUUCGUCAUCUACUCAUCCACCUCACAGGCCAAGAACAAGGAGCACGAGGAUAUCCGGCAAAAGAUGGAGGCUAUUCAAGACUUGUACGAUUUCCCCGGUGAAGGCAACGAACUCACGACUAAGGAGUACUUCAUGUCACAUUGGAAACACAGCAAGACUUUCAAGUCCGUCUUCGAACAGCUAGACCUGUCUCAAGACGACGCAGGUGGUUUCUUUGAUGCGUUGGACUUGGAUGGAUCAGAGUCGUUGGACCAUUUCGAGUUGAGCACAACAUACAUGGAACUGGUCCGGAACGUGUUGAACACGCCAAGUUUGGUAGCGCUGAUUCGUUCCGCACCGGACCCGAAAGAAAGAUCAGACUUAUUGAAGGUAUUUUUUUUUUGAUACUUACAACGAGUCUUUCAUUCUCUUUUUACUUGUUUUAGUUUUAGCAUUUAUAAGAUGAUGGAAAUAGUGGAUGCGAAUUGUUGAAGAUAGUACUUCGACUUCGUUAGCUGUAGAGUAGAACUCCAUCUAGUAGCUAGAUGAAGUAGAUAUUUGACAAAUCCAACUCCUUGAGACAAGUUCUUGCUGUGACAUUCAAAUUUCAGGACCACGUUCUCAAUCUCAGGACGUUCUCAAUCAAUCAUGCUCUCAUCAACAUCAUAAAAAUACCCCACCUCCACCUCACAGAGUACAAUGGAGCGGUCGCAGCAGCAGCGUGUGGCCGAAGAGCAAAAACAAGCCAUUGCCGCGUUGCAAGAGACUUUGGACAGAUUUCAGCGGGAAAUGUUCGAGCUAUUGCCCUCUAUGGUACGCCGUGAAAUGGAGAUGCACUUGCCCAGGAGUGUAAAUGUCGACGACGAACCAAGUGGAAGCGGAGAAAGUCAGAAUGUUCCUUCUACAAAGGGUGUGAUGAAAAAAGGUACUGCAUCUUCGAUGCCAGCGGUCAUGGGAGGAGUUGGUCAGCAACAAGGCCAAGGAGGCAGUGCUCAGAAUCAGAAAAGUAGCGGUAACAAGUCUCAGAGUAAAGGCACUAUUGUAGAGGUCGAUCCAAGUCGGAUAAUCCCGGAAGGAGGCACCGUAGUGCGAUCUGGGGAUAUCACAAGCUACGUGAUGCAAGGGUACAACCCGGCAGAAGCGAUCCGGAAGACGAGCGCUAGAGACUUUGUCAUUUAGGGGUGGAUUUUCUAUGAUUAAUACGUUUUCUUCAGUAACGUCAACAACAAAAUUGGAUUUUGACUCACUGAAAAUGUAAGGCCAUCAAAGGUGUGUGCUAAUCGCAUUUAACAACCUAAUCUUCAAUAAAAACUUGUACAAUGUUUUCAUCAAGAAAAUGCAAGAUUUCUCAUAAGUAAUCACCGUGUAAAAAGAGAUGAACAGACUUGACGAGUAUGCAGACCAACAAGCGUAUUGUUCAGUGAAAAAUAUUAGACAGUAUGAUUAUCCUUGAACACGAUUAUGAUAAUAUUUCCAUUUCGUUUCUCAUAUUAUGAUGUAGCUAGUCGAUGUAUUCGAUGGAAUGAAUCCUUUCUUGUAUUACAACAUGGUCCUUGUAGCGUAGCUAGUAGGAGGUUAAGCUUCAGAAAUCUAAGGUCACCUACAUCGGUAUGUAGGAUGAUUGUUGAGAAAAAUAUGCAGUCUUUUGCGUGUUAUUGCAGCUAGGUAGUGUUAUUGAUCCAAUCCAAAAAAAAAGAUGAAAUAGAGAUGAAAAUGACUUCUUGUUAGGAUUCAGAAAAUAAGAUGAAUUCUUUGAACAGAUACUGAACAGCAAAAAAAGGUAAAGGGUAGUUGUAGAGCCGAAACAGAUGACCGAUGAAUAACGCUGACUUCUAGAUCCUCGUCAUCGAAGGUGCAACAUCGAUCCAUUCAG